UAUUUAUAUAGUAGAGUUUAAAUUUAAGAACGAGAAUAGAUGGAGAUAAGUGGCGGCGCCGGGACCAGCCUUAUCGCUCCCGUUAGGGUAACGCAAGUACCCGUGCUCACCACUCGCGCCGCCGUCUCCCUCUCUUCGCAGAAACAAUUCGUUGAUUGCUAUUCGAUAGAUCGUACUAAAGGAAGCACAUGGAUCUAGUAUGAUUUAUAUCUAAUUCAGCGCAACUGAUCGUGGGGAUUCGAUUCUCCAUCGUGAAUUGUGGUGCCUUUCCGAUCAGCCAUGGUGAAGAGGCUCAGGCGUAAGGGCGACGUCUCCUCCGCGCCGCCGCCCAAGGCCUCCGCCCCGGGGUCUACCAAGUCCGUCAAGUUAAAGAAGGGGGUCAAAACCGUUCCGAAGAAGUUGAAGGGGCUCUGCACUGAAUCCGUGGGCAUCGCUGAGGCGUCUGCUUCGGCGCAGACACCGGCCCCAAAAUCAAUCAAGACGAGUCCGGCAGCGGCCACCGCCGCAGAGACCGCAGAUGAUCGGGUCGCCCAGAACAAAACGGUGGACAGAAAUUUGAGUAGGAAGGAGACAAUGAAGGGGAGAGAGGCGGAGAAGGGAGAGAUGACCAGUGAUGGGGUCGCCCAGACCAAGACGGAGGACAGGAAGGCCAGUAGGAAGGAAACGAUGAAGGGGAUAGAGAAGAAGGCGGAGGGGGAAGAGAAGAGGACGAGUAGGAAGGAGAUGAUGAAGGGGAGGGAAGAGGAGCGUGUGAAGAGGGAAGAGAAGAGAAGGAAGUUGACAGGGAAGGAAAAGGAGAAAGAGAGUGCCUCUGGAUUCAUAUUCAUGUGCAGUGCGAGGACAAAGCCAGAGUGCUACCAGAACGGCGUGUUUGGCCUGCCCCGGGGGAAGAUGGAUGUGGUGGAGAAGAUCCGGCCAGGUGCUAAGCUGUUCUUGUAUGAUUUUGACCUCAAGCUAAUGUAUGGGGUAUACAAGGCAGAUACAAGGGGAGGAUUGGAUCUUGUGCGACAUGCCUUUGAUGGGAAAUUCCCUGCACAGGUUAAAUUUAGUGUUGACAAGGAUUGUCUUCCUAUUCCUGAGAGUAGUUUCAAGCAUGCCAUUAAGGAGAACUACAGCUCAAAAGGCAGGUUCACCCAAGAGCUGAACUCUAAACAAGUUCAAAGACUAUUGGCAAUGUUCAAGCCUAUCGACCUUCCUCAAUCAGCUCCACAACAUAUCGAGGAAGUGCGACAAUCACAUAUCAUUGAAGAUAUUAGAAACCCGAGUGACUAUGAAGAUAGAAGACGAUUGCAACAUAUUGAAGAAAGAGGUGCACCUAUUGAUGUCCAUGCAUAUCCUCUUGAAGAUCAGUACAAUAUCACACGAUCAUUACAUCCUCCACUUUUUGAUGAGCCUCGACGUUUGGUGCUAGAUCCUUAUCAUAUGCAAGAGCCUCAACAUGUUCCUCUUAAUUACUAUCACCAAGUGGCUACUAGGUCCCCAUACUGUCAACCUCAUAUGGAUAUUAUGCAUGAAAGAACUGCAGCUGAGGCAACCCUGAUGGAUCCACUUCCGGUAAGAGAUCACCGAGCACUGCCAGGAGAGCUUGCUGCACGGUCUGAACGCGUGGAUGAGCUGUACCGUUCUUACAAACUCUCUACACGCGGGAUGGACUUCAAUCCGGGAGCAUCCUACCAGACAACUUAUCACCCGUCUAGUAGUGUUUAUGGUGAAGGCAUUCAGAGGCCAGUUUUGGCAAGGGGUAAUGGCCCAAGUGUGCCUGUGUCCAGCCGUUAUUCCUUUAAUGGCCCACCAGCAUAUUGAUGGAUUGCCUAGAUGCAAGCACUCAAAUCGGCCCCAGCCUAUUGUACUGCGUACCAGUUAAUGUAGGCAAUGCCUUCUUGUAUACCGUUGGAAGCCAGGAUAGACUUGAUGGUAGUUAGGGGCCCUAAUGGUAGUAGCUUCGCAGUUUGUUCAUCGCCGUGGGAUUCAUUUUGCAAGAUAAAUGUAUGAAAUGAAAUGUUAACCUUGUUUGAUCCAAGUUGUUUAAACAAAAAUGCAAAGCGAUGAAUGUCUUUCUGUCGA